AUGAUCUCCGACCUGGGCGUGCCGGUCGCCGACAACAUCGUUCAGUGUGCCACCGGCCCCUAUGACGAUGUCAUAUAUGUCGGGCAAGAAUUCGAUAACGUCAAGGUCUUCCGCGAUGAGCUGUGCAAGUAUGCGUUUCUGAAAGGCUUCAAGUACAGGUUCAUUAAGAACGAGCACACCCGCUUGACGGCGAAAUGCGCCGACGACAGCUGCCCAUGGCGGAUACACGCUUCUCAGUCGUCCCGCAAGAAGACUUUUGUGAUAAAGAAGAUGAACCCCUCCCAUACCUGCAGGCUCGGGUACAGCAAAGACAGAAGGGCGACGACGCAGUGGCUGGCAAGCAUCAUUAAGGACAAGCUGCGCGAGUCGCCACAUCUGAGGCCCAAGGAUAUCGUAGCAGAUCUCUUCCGGGAUUAUGGGAUCAGCUUAAACUAUCACCAAGCAUGGCGUGGGAAGGAGAUUGCCCAGAAAGAACUGUUCACCUUGCACGAGGAGGCAUGCAAUCAGUUGCCCUGGUACUGUGAGAGGAUAAUAGAGACCAACCCUGGAAGCAUCGCUAUGCUGGCGGCGUCCGCCGAUUCCAAGUUCCGCCGGGUGUUCGUCUCCUUCUACGCCUCCCUCAAUGGGUUUGAGCGCGGCUGCCGCCCUCUUAUUUUCCUGGACAAGGUGCCCCUGAAGACGAAUCUGCAGUGGAAGCUCCUGGCCGCCGCCGCAGUGGAUGCAGACGACGGGAUCUUCCCGGUGGCGUUUGCGGCGGUGGAGGCGGAGACCUACGACAGCUGGUUCUGGUUCCUGGUGCAGCUCAAGUAUGCGGUGCCCGCGUCUCGACCCAUAACCUUCGUGAGUUACAGGCAGAAGGGCUUGGAGGAGGUCGUGUUGCAGGUAUUCGAGGGCAGCUUCCACAGCUACUGCCUGAAUCAGCUCAUGGAGGACUUUCAGGCCGAGCUGAAGAAGGGGAUGUGGUCGGACAAGACGAGGGACGCCAUGACCGACGACUUCAAGAACGCCGCCUACGCCUGCAGCGUGGAGGACUUCAACGCCCACGUGGAGAGCAUAAGGGGCGUCUCGAAGGAGGUCGCGGACUGGGUCAUCGAGAGCAAGCCGGAGCACUGGUCAAACGCGCUGUUUAAGGGUCAACGAUACGACCACUACUCCCCUCAGAUCGUGAAGUCGUUCAGCCUGUGGAUCCCUGUCAAGCACGAGUCCUCGGUGGUGUUGAUCAUCGACGCGAUCAGGGACAAGCUGAUGGAGGUGAUGCAAGCGCGCAGGGAGGCCUCCAGUUCCUGGGAGGAGACGUUGACUCCGACCAUGGAGGAGAAGCUGAAGAAGGAGAUCCCCAAGGCCGCCCACUACGUGGUCUGCUCCUCGGACACCCUCUUCGAGGUCCGCUGGAACACGGUCAACGUCGUCAACAUCGGGACCUGGGAGUGCACCUGCCGCCGAUGGCAAUUGACCGGCCUGCCCUGCACCCAUGCCAUGACCGUCUUUGACCGCCUGGGCAAGAACAUGUACGACUACUGCUCGAGGUACUUCACCGCCGAUAUGUACCGGUUGACCUACGCAGAGCAGAUCCACUCCAUACCCGACGUGGAGAAGAUGAACAGCAUCUUCACGAGCUCCUACCCUCCCCGCACCAGCCGGCCGCCGGACCGCCCGAGGAGGAAGCGGGUCAACCCCAACAAGACGACCAUCAGGGCGCUAAGGUGCAGCAGGUGCAAGGCCGUCGGCCACAACAAGGCCACCUGCGAGGCAUUCUUGUAG